GAAGGAGAAGUGCAUAUAGGCGUUAUGUUACACGCUGUCUUUAGGAAGAGAGGAACUAUGGCUACAGCUGCGAGCCUGAGUCUUAUGAAGUCAGCAGAUCUGAUCAAGAAAGAGCCUUUGGAUUAUGGAGGGUUUGGGGAGGUUUACCUGUGUUACCACAAAACCCUGGGCCAGGUGGUGCUGAAGACGGUCUACACCGGCCCUCCGCGCAACGGCCGGCAGAAGCAGUCUCUUCUGGAUGAAGGCAGUCUGAUGAGCAGGUUAAGCCAUCAGCGAGUGGUCAAGCUGCUGGGGGUUAUUCUGGAGGACGGAGACUAUUCUUUAGUCAUGGAGCUCAUUCCUAAAGGAAACCUGCUCAGCAUGCUGGAGAGGGUGCCUGUUCCGAUAUCUGUGAAAGGAAGGAUCGUUCUGGAGAUCUUGGAGGGGAUGGUUUAUCUCACGGAGAACCAAGUCAUUCACAAAGAUCUCAAACCAGAGAACAUCCUGGUGGACAAGAACUUCCACAUUAAAAUCGCGGAUCUGGGUCUGGCUACGUCUCAGGUGUGGAGCAAGCUGACUAAAGAGCAGUCUCGCAGACAGAGUGGUCUGGGCAAGAAGUCGUGUGCGCGCGCCGCUGGCACUCUGUGCUACAUGGCUCCUGAGCACCUGAAGAGCAUCAACACCUGCUCCACCGAGAAAUCUGACGUCUACAGCUUCUCCAUCGUCGUCUGGGUCAUCCUCAGCGGCCGCGAGCCCUAUGAGAAUGCCAGGAGUGAAGAUCAGAUCUGCCACUGUGUGUGUCAGGGUGAGCGUCCCGACGAAGCUCUGAUCCCUCGACACACUCCUCAAGACGUCAUCGAGCUCAUGAAGACGUGCUGGAAUGAAGACCCUCGUCUCCGGCCCACAUUUAAAGGUAGAAGCCUUGAAGUUUCAUCCUGGAUACAAAAUAAAGCGAUAAACCCUUCGCCGUGUUCCAGAGACUCUCCAGGGCCCUUGAGGAGCUCAGACAUCGGCCCGGUGGAGGCUAGCAUCGAAGACCUCAGCUUCAGGACCCCAGAAGAGUCUCUGCUGGAGGUGGACGCCGCGCCUCCCAAUCUGGAGCUCAAACUGGCACAAGAGUACAACUACCACAAAUACGGCAGUCGUAUAGUGGAUCAGCCGGACGCCAGCGUUUAUAACCUGCUCCCGCAGCAGCCGGCUAGCAGCAGGUGGGCCGGAGAGGCUUCUUCUGUCAAGUCUUGGACUAAACCCGCCGCUAACCCAAACCCAGACGAGGAGCUCCAUCUGAGGCCUGCUGGCUCAUUUGAGGGAUUGCACAGGCCAGAGUUGGCGAGUCAUCUCUCAGUGCCGUAUUCUGACUACGACAGACUCCAGCAUCCUCACCAUCCGCCAUACAAUCGCAUCAAGUCCUGUCCAGAUAGUGCAUCUCGUGCAGCGGAGUCUUUCAUGCUGGAUUCACAGCCUGGCCUGCGUUUAUCACCUGUCGUAUGUCCUCCAUCUGACUCGGGGUGGCCUGUGACCAUCUCGAAUGCCAGUGCCAUUCAGAUCGGGAGUUACAACACGAUGAAUCUGCGAGUGUCUGAUAACAGCUCCUUCAGCUUGUUAUCCACCGGAUCCAGCAACAGAACCAGAUAUAACAAGCUUCUGCUGAAGUACGAGGAGCACACGGUCACUGAGAGCCACCUGGAGGUCGUGCGUCAGAACGUGGGUGGAAACUGGAAGCAGGUGGCUCGUAAACUGGGGCUGUCAGACAUAGACGUGGACACGGUCGAGCACGACUACGACCGCGACGGCUUGGCAGAGAAGGUGCACCAGACGCUGGAGCGCUGGAAGAUGAAGGAGGGUCUGCUGGGCAUCACCGUGGGUAAACUGUGCCGUGCGCUGGAGGGCUGCAUCAAACCCAGCGUCCUCCUGCAGCUGCUGCUGAAGUCUCAACACACCGCUGGAGUGCCUUGAAAUGCCACCUUGUGCUUGUGUCAUAAUUACACUGGGUUACGGGGCAUUUAUACAACUCUUAACAACCUUCCUCAAACGGUGAAACCUUACAAAGACGUGCAGUAUUUUUGACAGCCUGACAUUCAUCACUGUAUGAUGGUGUUGGAUGCGACGGAAUAAUGAUUGCAAUUCUGUGAACGGAUCAUUGCACAAACGUUAUGUGAUCUGAGAGGACAUUUCCACGACACCGCUUACAACAAAAAUGGGAAAUCGUUCAUUUGCACAAAAGCCUUGAAAAUGCUAACUUUUAAAAAUGGGAUUCAAAUGGCAAAUUUUUGAUAAUGAUAUUGUUGUUGUCUGUCUGUAAACUACAAAAACACAUAUUUGUGAAAGCGGUGAGGUCAUGCGCAUGCGUAUCUCAUGUUUGUGUAGCGUUUCUUCACAAAGACACAUCUAUUAAUGGUUUGUGGUCGUUUUCGCAGAUUCGUGUGAGCGGGGAUCGUGUUGACAACAUUUUGACAACUUUUCUAAAAUGCAAAAGAAAACCUUUUCCGUUUUUAGUGCAUCGUUUUCGUGUAAACGUACCCUGAGCUCAGAAUAGAUUCCUGCAAAGUGCCUUUUUCCUGUUUUUGAUCAGUCGAAUCAGCCUUUAUAUUUCAAUUGUCAUGAUUCUAAGAUGCUUUAUGAUUUGUUUUUUAGGACUUAAACCUGAAUGCACACUGACUUGAGUUUAUAAAUCAUACAGA